GUGGCCGCCGCCGAGCCAGCCUGCCUGGAGGGAGCGCCCGGCCGCAGACCGGUCCGCGGGCCGCCGGGGGCGCGCACUGCAGCUUUUCAGGGUGCUCCCAGAGGGCAGGAAUGGGAGCCAGAUGAAAACCUCAAGAAAGCACCUGCUUGCAUUCCUGAGCUGGCCUGCACACAGCCGCCCCUCCCUGAGACUAAGGAAGUGGCUGAAGUCCCAAGCAGGCCAAGGGGAGGGGACUGAGCUGUGCAUUGGGAGGCUGAGGUCAGACCCCCACCCUCCAGCCUCCAGAUGACAAAGGCAGCAUUCCUCCCCGCCCCUGGCAGAGCUGUCUUUGUGAAGAAGCCUCCCUCAGUCACCCCGCUUUCCCGAAGGUAACCACCAGACUCUGUCCCUGCAGGAGACCCCCUUCUCCAGAUGCUUGAUUAGUGCCUCCCUGGCCAGGGAAGGCCAUCGAGGGCUGAGCGAUGGAGACAUGGAGGGGCAGGCCCGGGCUGUGUGUGUUGCUGCUGCUGUCCCUCCCCCAGCUCUGCCUGGACCAGGAGGUGUUGUCUGGAUUCUCUAUUCAGACUCCUCCAGAGGAGGGUCGGGUUCCUGAGGGGGUCUGGGGACCGUGGGACCAGUGGGCUUCUUGCUCCCAGCCCUGUGGGUUAGGGGUACAGCACAGAAGCCGGACAUGCCUACUUCGCCCAGGCCUGCCUCUACCUCCCCGACCCCCAAGACAUCCAGAAGCCCUCCGCCUACGGAAUCAGCGUCCUGAAGCCCAGGCUUCCAGAGAAAGCCACCCCCUGUAUAAGCCACAGCCCCGGGGAAGAGGUGGCCCACUUCGAGGUCCUGCUUCCCAGUCAGGGAGAGAGGAGACCCAGGAGACACCAGCACGGAGGUCCCGAGUUCGAGAUCCGAUCAAGCCGGGAAUGUUUGGUUAUGGAAAAGUGCCCUUUGCCUUGCCACUGCAUCGAAGCCGCAGGCACCCCCGGAGGCCCCUCCAGCUGGAGCUCCCCAAGUUCUCCUCCAGAAGCGAAGGGGCCCUUCCGUCCCGGACUCCAGAAGCACAACUGUCCUCCCCGAUCCCCCACCCCCAAACUCAGCCCCCUCCUUCAUACCCCCCAGCAGAGCCCCGACAACAGCCUGAGAGCACUGUGACCCUGAUGUCCCCCAGGUCCAGCCCUGUCCCCACACCGCCCCAGACUAAAGCCCAGGCCUUGAGCACAGGGCUGCCCUUGCCGAACCCCUCCUCUAGAGAAAGCAGCUCCCCUCAGCUGAGAAGGCCCGAUUCCAGGGGUUGGGCCAGUCCCCAGGUAGCAAGGCCACGCACUGACCCUCUCCGCUCUGUCCCUCGGAGCCGAGGCCAGCAGGGCCGAGGGCCCUGGAGACAGGGAGGUCAGCCCCAUGGGUCUGGGGUGGAGCCUGCCCCUCGACACCCAGAUGACUGGCUGCCUCUGCUGAGCUCUGGCCCCCACUCCAGCUCCCUCUGGAGCCUCUUUGCCCCCAGUAGCCCCGUCCCGAGAUGCUCCGGGGAGAGCGAGCAGCUGAGAGCCUGCAGCCAGGCGCCCUGCCCCCCUGAGCAGCCAGACCCCCAGGCUCUGCAGUGUGCAGCCUUUGACUCCCAGGAGUUCAUGGGCCAGCUGUACCAGUGGGAACCCUUCACUGAAGUUCAGGGUUCCCAACGCUGUGAGCUGAACUGCCGCCCCCGGGGCUUCCGCUUCUACGUGCGGCACACGGAAAAGGUCCAGGAUGGGACCCUGUGUCAGCCUGGAGCCCCCGACAUUUGCGUGGGAGGACGCUGUCUGCGCCCUGGCUGUGAUGGAAUCCUUGGCUCUGGCAGGCGUCCGGAUGGCUGCGGAGUCUGUGGGGGCGAUGAUUCUACUUGCCGCCUCAUUUCGGGGAACCUCACUGACCGGGGAGGUCCUCUGGGCUAUCAGAAGAUCCUGUGGAUUCCAGCUGGAGCCUCCCGGCUCCAAAUUGCCCAGCUCCGGCCCAGCUCCAACUACCUGGCACUUCGAGGCCCGGGGGGCCGCUCCAUCAUCAAUGGGAACUGGGCUGUGGAUCCCCCAGGGUCCUACUCGGCUGGGGGGACUGUGUUCCACUACCACCGGCCUCCUCGGGAGGAGGGCAAGGCGGAGAGUCUGUCAGCGGAAGGCCCCACCACCCAGCCUGUGGAUGUCUAUAUGAUCUUCCAGGAGGACAACCCAGGUGUUUCUUAUCAGUAUGUCAUUUCUUCACCUCCUCCAGUCCUUCAGGGCCCCACCACAGAGCCCCCUGCCCCCCACCUUCAGCUUGAGAUGCUGAGGGAGGACCCUCCACCUGCGCCAGCACCCCGCCCAGCCCGGAGCCCAGGCACCCUCCAGCGGCAGGUGCGGAUCCCCCAGGUGCCGGCCCCACCCCAUCUCAGGACAACUCUGGGGUCUCCAGCCGGGUACUGGAAACAAGUGGGGCGCUCUGAAUGCUCUGUAUCCUGCGGCAAAGGUGUCUGGCGCCCCAUCUUCCACUGCGUUUCCCGUGAGUCAGGACAAGAACUGGAAGAACACAGCUGUGCUGUGGGUGCCAGGCCCCCAGCCUCCUUUGAACCCUGCCACGGGCCCCCAUGCCCUCCAUACUGGGAGGCUGGCGAAUGGACGUCCUGUAGUCGCUCCUGCGGGCCCGGCACCCAGCACCGCCAGCUGCACUGCCGGCAGGAGUUUGGGGGCGGCGGCUCCUCGGUGCCUCCUGAGCGCUGCGCACAUCUCCCCCGGCCCAACAUCACCCAGGCCUGCCAGCUACGCCUUUGUGGCCACUGGGAGGUUGGCUCCCCCUGGAGCCAGUGCUCUGUUCGGUGUGGUCGAGGCCAGAGGAGCCGGCAGGUCCGCUGUGUUGGAAACAAUGGGGAUGAAGUGAGUGAGCAGGAGUGUGCUUCAGGCCCUCCACAGCCCCCCAGCAGAGAGGCCUGUGACAUGGGGCCCUGCGCCACAGCAUGGUUCCACAGCGACUGGAGCACCAAGUGCUCAGCUGAGUGUGGGACUGGAAUCCAGCGCCGUGCUGUGGUCUGCCUCGGGAGUGGAGAGAGCCUGAAGGAGGGCCCGGGUGAAGCAGGAGUGGGAGCCAGCGAGCAGAGCUGUCCUCCGGGCAGCCGCCCCCCUGACAUGCGUGCCUGCAGCUUAGGCCCCUGUGAGAUGACCUGGCGCUGGUACACAGGGCCCUGGGGUGAGUGUUCCUCAGAAUGUGGCUCUGGCACUCAGCGUAGAGAUAUCAUCUGUGUGUCCAAACUUGGGGCUGAGUUCAAUGUGACUUCUCCUAGCAACUGUUCCCGCCUCCCCAGGCCCCCUGCCCUGCAGUCCUGUCAAGGCCAGGCCUGCCAGGACCGCUGGUUUUCUACGCCCUGGAGUCCAUGUUCUCGCUCCUGCCAGGGGGGUGUGCAGACGAGGGAGGUCCAGUGCUUGAGUACCAACCAGACUCUCAGUGUCCGAUGCCCUCUUCACUUACAACCUGCCAAGAAACGACCCUGUAAUAGCCAACCCUGCAGCCAACGCCCUGAUGAUCAAUGCAAGGACAGUUCUCCACAUUGCCCCCUGGUGGUACAGGCUCGGCUCUGCGUCUACCCCUACUACACAGCCACCUGCUGCCGUUCUUGUGCCCAUGUCCUGGAGAGGUCGUCCUUGGAGCCUGCGUGAAAUGGGACCAUGUGGCCCUCUCCUCGUUUCUCAUGCCAGCAAUGAUCACCCACUGAUCAGCCCACUCUGUACCCCCUGGUUCUCUAGCCUGUCCCAGCCUCACCGGGGAUGUCCUCCAGGGUAACUUGAGAGUGGCCAGGGAGCCACAGCACGGACGACUGUGGUGCGGCGAUGUGUGCGCACAUGUGCCCUCUGAGUGACUGGCCUGCUUGGGUGUGUGCCCUCGUUUAUGUGUAUCAUUUUCCCUAAAGUAGGGAAAUGAGUCUGAAAAGCUGUUCGUGGAGCAAAGUUGUAGCUCCUUUCGAGUGUGUUCUCCCCAUCAUUUCCAUUUAGAGCCCAAACCCUCAUUUCUUGUCUUCAGGCCUCAUGUCUGCAAAGCUGCCCUUUUGUCUCUGAUCCCUUUACCCCCCCCCUCCCUAGUCUCUCUAGGGGAUAUUAGCCAGCAUGGGAGCUGGCCACUGCCAAUCCUACCUUACCCACAUCAGGGACCAGCAGGGCAGAAGUUGCUAAAGAGAAAUGUUAGCACAAGACACCCUUGCUUGCCCCUGCCCCUCCCACCUCCUAAAAUGGUUCCCACCCCAGAACUAAUUUAUUUUUUAUUAAAGUUGAUUGUGACAAAUGAGAAACAUGCUCAUUGUCCUCAUGAGAACCUAGAUAUCCAACCCCCCCUAAGCAGUGUGAUGUCAGCAUGUAGGGUGGAGAGAGUUCAUCUAGGCCUGGGGAGGAGGGUGGUAGAGAAGGGCAGGGUCCAGAGCA